UUGGUUCACUUCCUGUACUAGUCUCACACUUGUUUUGACUUUGUGUUAAAGAAUUAUUUAUAUAUUGGUGUGUUUUAAAUGUAACGUAAAUACAUAAGUUCUUAUUAUGCCCCCAAAACAGAGGAGAAUAGCCUUGAUGGGCUACAGAUCUGUUGGGAAAUCUUCAUUAACUAUACAGUAUGUUGAAAAUCAGUUUGUUGAUUCUUAUGAUCCAACUAUAGAAAACACAUUUCAGAAAGUUAUAAAAAUACGAGGUCAAGAAUAUAGUUUACAACUUGUAGAUACAGCUGGGCAGGAUGAAUAUUCUGUUCUACCUCAGUCGUAUUUUACCAAUAUUGAUGGUUAUGUACUAGUUUAUUCUGUAAACUCAUCAAAAAGCCUAGAUGUGAUAAAAUAUGUGUAUGAUAAAAUAUUAGACAUGAAAGGAAAGACACAAGUUCCAGUUGUUUUGGUUGGUAAUAAAAGUGACCUUAGAAUGGAGAGGGAAAUCAGUUUUGAUGAUGGUAAGAAAAUAGCUGAAUCGUGGAAAGCACCAUUUUUAGAAGCAUCAGCCAAAGAAAACCAGAGUGUACAAGAUGUUUUUACACAGAUAUUGAUGACAGUAGAAAAAUCAGAAAAUGUUGGACAAGAGAAAAGUAGUUGUAUUUUAUCUUAAAGUUGGGUUAGAAUCUUACAACAAAAUAUCAUCCCUUUAUUUUAUACACCUAGAAGGGCUACAAUAAAACGCAAAUUGUUGACUAUGUCACAUCUGGACGAACAUUCUAAUUAAAAAUCAACUUUAAAGGGAUUGAGUGCAAAAUAAACACAAUGAAAACAAAAUCUAAUUGGUCCUGUCACUGUAACCCGGGUAUCAUUUAAUCUUGUGUAUUUAGCACUAAUUUCUUUCACAUUCAUUUAACAUCAAAUUUUUGUUUAAUAAUUCAUAAAAAUCGUUUAAAAUCACCCAAAAUCAUCUAAUUUGUACUUGUGUCCAGUUUAAAAAUGAUUGAUUAAUUUUGAUAAUGAGUGCCUAAUUUACAAGUAUUCAAUUUUCUGACCACUGUUUAAAAAUUAUUCAUUAUACACCAAUAAUCAAUUGGGUUGUUUAUUUUUUAACAGUGGUUGAGAAAUUAAACACUUUUAAAUUGGUAAAUUGGACACUCAUUAUCAAAAUGGAAUGGUCAGCUUUAAACUGAAUGAUUUUUGGUGAUUUUAAAC